AUGCCGUCUCACCUUGCUUCCUCGACAGCGAGAUACAAUAAAUCGCGAGUCGGCAGUCAAGCAGAAUGCGUGCUGUCCAACUUUGCCUCUGGCUAUCUCGGUCCAGCCUCUGCACGCGGCUUUCUCUUCUCAUGCUGCAUCAAUAUCUUCCUGCUGGGUAGCAGCUUGUGCCAGCUGUACGAAUACUUUCAGAGAUUUCCGUCCGACCAACCCAUCUUCAAAGCAUUGACUGCCUUACUUGGAAUCAUCAACUUUGUCGACGCCAUCUGCCUCGCACACCUUGUCGACUUCAUCUUCAUCAAGCGCUGGGGCAAUCGACCCGGCCUUGAGGGUUUCUUUUGGCAGUUCGACUACAAUGUCGUGUGUCUCCUCAUCACCUCGGUCUGCGUACAGCUCUUCUACGCGUGGCGACUGUCUGUCUUGACGCGACCACGCAUCUGGCCUGUCGUGGUGGUCAUCUGUCUGGCCAUGCUCAAUCUCGGUGUCGGCAUUGCUACACUCAUACUGGUUUUCCUCGUGCCGGCUCCCACGCAAGUCGGCAGCAUCGUCUGGGUUUUCACCGUCAAUCUCAUCGUGCCCGUCAUUACCGACUGCGUCAUUGCCGGACUCAUCGGAUGGCGCUUGUCCAAUGCCGCUUCUGCAGUCAAGGAAAAGAAUGCUGGAGACGUCAUUCAGCGAGUCAUACGCCUCACGUUCGAAAGCAACGGUAUCACCGCCGCUUGUGGUAUUAUAUGCUCGCUUCUCUUCAUCGUCAAUGGCUUGCUCGUCCGUGUCGUGCUCUCCAAGGUCUACUUCUUCGCAUACCUCUGGACUAUGAACAGCCGAGUCGAGACCGUUUUGCAGCUCGAGAAUGUCAAAGCGCAGCGCAUGAUGAAGAUGGGCAACGUCUCGGGCGUCAAUGACGACCAACCUAUCUCGGGCAAGAUCGAGGUCUCCCAGUCGACCUCUCGCUCGUACGAGAACCUGAGCAGUAGCCAUGCGAGCCACAGCGCAACUGGCUAUGCGUCAGCAGAGUCGUCCUCCGCAACGCACUACAUCCUCGAAACCGACAACGAGUCAUCAAGCAGCAUGGCUAGCGCAGGAACUGUUCCUGAGCUUUCGCCCGAUGUUGUGGCAGCCAUACAAAAAUCACUGGGUGCUGCUCAGUCGUUCCUCAUAGCGACGUUGUGCGCCUGGUUUGUCGCAGGCAUCAAUCUGCAUCAAACAUGGGUCUACUUUCGGUUCUUCAAGUCGGACCAUUGGGCGAUGAAGGCGUUUGUGAUCACAGUCGUGAUCGUCGCGGCAGUGGAUACAUGCUUGCUCUUGACGGUCUCUAAUUUCUGGCUCAUCGAUAACUUUGGCUCGCCACCUGCGCUAGACAGCUUUGCAAUCGGUCUACCCGUCCAUCCUGCCUUGCUCGGCAUACUGACCCUACUCGUACAAUUAUUCUACGCCUAUCGGAUAUACAUACUCUCUCGACGGUCCAUCUUCUUGCCUGGAUUCGUCGUCAUACUCGCCGCAUUGGGCUGCGCCGCCGGCGUCUGGACAGCUUGCCAUCUAUAUAGUGCAGGCGCCUUCUCUCGCGAUCACGGUGGCGACUGGGUCAAAGCAUGUUCCCUCUUCUUGCCCGCAGCUGCAGAUGCCGUCAUCCUCGUCAGUAUGGUCGUCUACCUGCGGGAGGCAGUUGCAGAAGCUGCGUCAGCCGAAGACUCGGUCUUACUCUUCAACCGGCUCUGGAGGGUCUCAUUGGAAACCAACUUUGUCACCAUGCUCCUUGCGCUCUUGAGCGCAGUCUUAUUGCUCGUCGCGCCAGCAAAGGUUUAUCUCCCGAUUCCUUUCGUCAUCGGGCAGGUCUAUCAGGGGUGCUGCCUAUACUCGCUCAACAGCAGACUCAACACCGUCGUACAGCCCACGCUGAGCGCAAAACAAGACCUUCUGGCACACGGGGGCUCGCAGCCUUUAGGCACACCUGCGCUGGACUAUGCUCGUCUUUUGAGCGAAUUGCAACGGCCUGACAAGUUCGAUCAGGGCUCGUAUCCUCUUGCGCCCUUCACGAGCCAGUACAUGCGCCCAGAGCUGCUGCCGUGCGAUGCAGAGACGGAGCUCGAGUUCCUCACUGCUGCCGAGCGACACGACGACUGUGGCUUCUCAACUCGAGCUUAUCAUUAG